AUGAAGCUUGAGCAAUUGUCGAGGCUCUUGCCCUUUGCCAUUUCUUGCCAGCUUGUUUGUAUCUUGGCCAGCGUGUCCCAAGAUGUACUGGCGGUCGAAGGUACUGGUACUGACAGUCAGAGUCUCAUCACUAUCCUUCCCUCAUGGGACGUGAUCGGCCCGUUCAGGAUAGGCACUCGAGAAAUAGUCUGGGGCGCUGAUCCACUUGAGUUUUAUGGGGGUAUUCGGCACGCCAAUCCGGACGAGCCAAGCUACUCUCGAAGUCCUUUGGCCAGGAACGCGACCGUGCAAUGGGCUCGGAAGGAAUACCACACUUCGCAGUCAAACGGCGAAUACUCACUGGAUUUCUCUCUAGAAUUCGAUGAGAUUGAUUGGGAGUUCGCCCAAAAGAUUUAUGGCUGGUCGGCCUUUCAAUACCAAGCAUGGGCCAAAGGGCGGAUCUUGAACCAGGAUGUCGUGAGUAGGCUUGUCAAUGUCUUCACAGACAAUAUUCUUGAGCUCUGGAUCAACGACAUGCAUGUCUUUGGUGGAGACUUCUUUGGAUUUGGGCGAGCCCCUGUUCUGGUUGAGCUCCAUCCUGGCGUCAACAAUGUCAGCGUGCGACUCGUACGCGAGGUUCGCUCUAUGGGCGGUGCAUUUCCUCCAACAAUCCAAGCUGGCUUGAGGACUCAACCCGCUUGUGAACAGCUCGCCUUCGUGGCAAAUAGCCUGGUGAUGCCAGACGUGGUCAAUGGAAGACUUUGCACGCCAUAUGGUAGCAUAACAAUCCGAAACCAAGGUGCGACAUGGAUAUAUAUGCAUCGGAUAACUGCAAUGUCUAGGGCGAACGAUUAUAUCGUUACAAGCCAAGACAUACGCCUUGCGCCUGGACAAUCGCGCCCGGUGAAAAUGGUAUUCGAGACCGGGUUCCGAUUUGACGAAUCAAUCAGGCUCAUUCUGAGCUACUCAGGCCAGGACACAGCGCUGAGGGAGAUCAGCUUCAUUAUAGAGUUGGAACAUGCAGACAUAUCAUCUGUACAAAGGAUCACAUUCCUUCAUCCGAGCGGCACAGUGUCAUACGCAAUAUUGAAGCCGCCUUCCACCGCCAACGCGACGAGAGAAGACAGGUUACCUGUGCUCUUGAAUCUUCAUGGUGCUGGCGUGGAGGCAGAUGGUCCCUUGGCAAGGCAUAUGUUUGAUGAUGCUUCUCAUCUUCCCGCGUGGAUUCUCACUCCUGCAGGCAUGAGCACCUGGAGUGGUGACGAUUGGCAUACUUGGGGGAUUGCUGAUGCUCAAUCUGCAGUGGCGGCAAUUGCUGAAUGGAUUAACAGCACAGUGUGGAAAGGGCCAGGUGUGUAUAUUGAGAAGCUUCUCGUUGCCGGCCACUCCAACGGUGGGCAGGGGACGUGGUAUUUUACUUCCCAUCAACCUGAUCGCCUGUUGGGCGCUGCCGUGGCUUCAGGAUAUUCGUCGAUUGAAACCUAUGUGCCAUAUGUUUUGUGGAAUGAGGCGGACCCUCUCCAAAACGCUCUCCUCGAGAUCUCACGAAGCAGCUUCCGUCAUGAGAUCUUGCUUGAGAAUCUAGCGGAACUCCCUAUCCUCCAACAGCACGGAUCAGCAGAUGACAAUGUUCCAGCUUACCAUUCUAGAUUGAUGAACACCUUGCUGGCACAAGGGGGCGGAGCGGCGCAAUAUUCGGAGAUGCUGGACAAGGGGCAUUGGUUUGACGGCGCAAUGACUACCCAGUCGAUGAUGCAAUUUUACCUGCAGCAUCUGGCUGUACCUCAUAUCGAGCUCACAGUGCCCGCAUCUUUUACUUUCAUCGCUCCGAACUCCCAUGACAUGGGAUCCAGGUAUGGCAUCAUUGUCGACCAACUGUCCUCCCCCGACAGAUUGGGAAGAAUGCGGGUAACAACCGGCUUGUAUGGAUCUCUGGUCCAGUGGCAUAUCCGGACAGAGAACAUCCAUCGAUUCCAUCUGGACGCCAAUGCACAACUUGCGAAUGCACCUGACCAAGUCCUCAUUGAUGAUAUACCACAAGUGUUCAACACCCGAAAAGGAGCAGCUUGUUUUGUCCAGUCCGCUUCCGGUGUUUGGACUAGGGAGGUCGCCUUAGAUUGGAGGACUCUGGAUCAACGAUAUGGUCGUCAAAGAGGGACUCUCGAUGCAAUUCUUCGAAGCGCUGGACCAUUUGAAGUCAUCUACAACUCUGGCAAGACACUAUCUAUCGCAGUGCAGAUAAGCCGAAACUUUUUGCAGUAUUUCGGAGCCGAUACCAAUAUUGUGCCUUCCUCUGAGUAUGAAGAAGCAUUGGAGAGUGAAUCAAAUGUCAUCACAAUCUGUCUUGGAAUUCUUGUCCCGGAAGCCCGACUUCCAAGGUUCCCAAUACGACUUGACAACAAGGAGAUUCUUUUCACUGGUCCAGAUGACAGCUCGAAGUCGGUACUUCUGCGAGAAGGCAUGGGCGGAGUCUGGCUUCGACCUCUUCCUGGAGAGCGCUUAGAGCUUGUUGUGUGGGGAUUCGACGAGACUGGCUUGCGACAAGCUGCGAGGCUGAUACCGACAAUUACUGGAGCUGGUCAGCCAGACUUCGUGAUCUUGGACAGUGAGGCAAGAUGGAAGGGUCAUGGAGGCGCCAUUGCCAUGGGCUUCUUUGACCGCCAUUGGAAGAUAUCCUCUGCUUCAUACCUGCCUUGA